AUGUGGAUAAAAGCUCGUAUGAAAUUCGUUACUCUUCCUCAAGCUCUGAGUCCAGCAGUGAUGAUCUCAGAUGAAUUUCUUUGCUCUGAGUCCGGCAGUGAUGAUGUUAGUACAUCUGUGCAAGACUCUGACGACAGCUCAUAUGCUCCAGAGCUGGAGACGGGUGUUGGUAUUGCCAAUCAGACUACACGAAAGACGGGGAGAAGCAAGAAGACAUCUUCACCACCUACUAAUAGUGAUUCUGGAAGUUCUCUUGAUGCAGAUGUUGAAGUGGGGAGCUCUAAUAGCGUAGAGUGGGUGAACCCAGUCCUAGAAGAAAGUGAAGAAUUGGUUGAACUUUUUUGUUACAAAACUGAUGCACAAGAGGGAUUGAACGAGACAUGCUCUAAGAAACCGAUCAAUGAAAAGGGCCAAUCACAGGAAUGGACAACGGGGCCAAAAGAGGUGGUUCCUGCCACUGACUCACACUUAAGAGAUGGCUGUGAUCAUUGUCAUGGUGCUAAGGAAAGAACGGAAGACCCACAUGCUCGGGCUAAGGAAAAGACCGCGGACAUGGCUAUGGAAACGAAAGUGCCAUCUGGACCAAAGGAGGCAGCUAUUCCCUCACACCUAAGAGAUGGCUGUGAUCAUAGUCAUGAUGGUGCUAGGGAAAGAACUGACUCGCAUGUUCAGGCUAAGAAAAAGACCCCGGGCAUGGCUAGGGAAACGAAAGUGCCACCUGGGCCAACGGAGGCAGCUCUUCCCUCACACUUAAGAGAUGGCUAUGAUCAUAGUCAUGAUGGUGCUAAGGAAAGAGCUGAAGACUCACAUGUUCGGGCUAAUAAGAAACAGACCCCGAAGAUGACUAGGAAAAUGAAAGUGCCAUCUGGGGCAAAGGAGGCAGCACUUCCCUCACACUUGAGAGAUGGCUAUGAUCAUAGUCAUGAUGGUGCUAAGGAAAGAAUUGAAGACUCACAUGUUCGGGCUAAGAAAAAGACCCCAGGCAUGGCUAGGGAAACAAAAGUGCCAUCUGGACCAAAGGAGGCAGCUCUUCUCUCACACUUAAGAGAUGGCUAUGAUCAUAGUCAUGAUGGUGCUAAGGAAAGAAUCAAAGACUCACAUGUUCCGGCUAAGAAAAAGACCCCGGACAUGUCUAAAGAAAAGGAGGCUACUCCUAGUUCCCAGUCAAAAGACGACCAUGAUCAUAGUCAUGAUGAGACUAAGAAAAGAACCGAAGCAGGACAGGCUUCAGAUUCACAUAUGCGUGUUGGCAUAGCUAGUGAAAAGAAGGUCCUCCGCAGACCAAAGAAGGCAGCUACCGCCUCCCACUCAGAAGAUGUCAGUGAUCAUACUGAUGGGGAAAAAACUGAAACAGGUUCACGUAAUAAUUCUUGGACUGAGGCCAUACCCAUGGCUAGUGAAACUGAGGUGCCGAGGGAAGGAAAGAAAUCAUAUCCAAAAGGAGUCAAGGAGUUAUGCAGCAUGCUUGCAAAUGCUGUAUUGGGAAAUGGACAAUUUCCUACAGACAAGGAAAUAAAUGAAGAAGCUACGCAGGGACUUGCACCUCCAACUCCAUAUACUCUUCCACUGAAGUUCAGAUUUGAAGAUGAGGUACCCAAACCUGUGGAGAAAACGGAGUAUGAGAAGGAGGUCGACAACUUAUUUAACGACCUAGACUAUUGUUGGGCUUUGGAUGAAGUGCAACCCCUUGAGUACCCCAAGGAUAACGUAGAAAAUGAAAAUCCUCCUCGUGAAGAAACUCAACACGAAAGAUGUUCUAAAGGGGAACAUGACUUGGUCUUAGAAGAUGAUGAAGGAUUAGUAUGUAAAUUUUGCCGUUUUCAGGCCCUUGGACCGAAGGAAAUUAUGCCUGAAUGGGUGGAAAUACCUUACAGGGACUCGGGAAGAAAACAAAGGCAUGAAACAGAAGAUCACUUCGAGUUUGAUGAUCUUCAUAUAUCAACCAAUGAUGCUGAUGCUGCUGGAGGCAGUAGUAAUGCUACUGGUACAGUAUGGAACAUCAAACCAGGUGUAAGAGAUAGUAUGUACGAGCACCAGCGUGAAGGCUUUGAGUUUCUGUGGAAAAACCUGGCAGGAAGCAUCAAUCUUGAUGAAUUGAAGAGCACCAAGCCAGCUGGAGUGGGUGGAUGCAUCAUUUCCCAUGCUCCGGGGACUGGGAAGACGCGUUUGACGAUGGUCUUCAUCGAAACAUACUUGAAACUGUUCCCAGGCUGCAGGCCACUGAUCAUUAGCCCAGCCAGCACUCUCCUGAACUGGGAAGAAGAGUUCGCGAAAUGGAAUGUCAAGUUCCCCUUCCAUAACUUGAGCAAUACUGAAUUCUCUGGUAAGGAGAGCAAGGCUCUUGUUGGACGUAUAUCUCAAAUAAAGAGGAAGAAUACUGAAGCUAUGCGUAUGAUCAAGAUAUUUAGCUGGAGCAUGGUAGGCGGCAUUCUAGGAAUCAGCUACAGCUUGUUUGGGAAGCUAGCCGGAGAGGCAACAAAGAACAAGUUAUUACGGAGAAUACUGUUGGAGGCGCCUGGAUUGGUUGUUCUUGAUGAAGGGCACACGCCUCGAAAUUCUAAGAGUAACAUUUGGAAUGUUCUCCUCAAGCUUAAAACUGAGAAGAGGAUCAUUCUUUCUGGAACUCCUUUCCAGAACAAUUUUAGCGAACUCUUCAACACACUCCGUAUAGUAAGGCCAGCAGUUGCAGAUGUGUUAGCACAAGAGAAGAUGUUUGCUGAAGCGGCCGUGCCAAAGAUAACGUCGAGGAGCAGUAGAAACAAAUAUAAGAGGGAGCAUGCACAGUCCUCUUUGAUUUCAGAACGUGCUUUGCAGCAUAUAAAAGGUUGCAUGUUGCCCUUCGUUAAUCUACACACAGGCACCAUCCUCAAGCAGAGCCUGCCCGGUUUGAGAGACUGUGUUAUCCUUCUCAAACCCCCAGCACUGCAGAAGAGGGUGAUUGAGACAAUAGAGGACACCAGCAACUUCAAGAAAGAACAUGAGGUUAGUAUGCUAUCCGUGCACCCAUACCUGUUGAUGAAAUGUGUAACAACAGAAAGUAGAAAGACUGGGAUUGACAUGGCUGCAGUUGAGGCUUCCGAGCUUAAUCCCCAAGAAGGCAUCAAGACCAAGUUUCUCAUGGAGCUAAUUCGCCUCUGUAUGGCUGUGAACGAGAAAGUACUCGUAUUCAGCCAGUAUAUUCCACCUCUUAUGCUUAUAAAGGAGCAGUUGAAAGAAGUGUUCAAAUGGGCUGAAGACAAGGAGAUUCUUACUAUGCAAGGGACGCAAACACAAAAAGAGCGGCAGAUCUUGAUUAAUCUGUUCAAUAAUUCGGAAAAUGAAUCCAAGAUCAUGCUUGCAUCGACCAAGUGCUGUUCAGAGGGGAUAAGCUUGGUUGGGGCCUCAAGGGUGGUAUUGUUGGAUGUAGUCUGGAACCCCUCGGUUGAAAGGCAGGCGAUAUGCCGUGCUUAUAGGAUCGGGCAGAAGAAGUUCGUCCACACCUACCAUCUUAUGACUUCCGGAACAAAAGAGGAUGACAAAUACUGCAGGCAAGCUGAGAAGGAGCGUUUAUCUGAGCUGGUCUUCUCAUCUUCAAAAACCAACCAACAGAAACAGGCAUCUUUAGCUAUUGAGGACAGGAUUCUAGAGGCUAUGGUUGCUCAUGAGGGUCUUAAAGAUAUGUUUGAAAAGAUCAUCAACCAGCCCAAAGAGACCAACCUAAUUGAAACAUUUGGUCUCAUGGAUUGAGCCAAGCUACCAUUGUCUAGUUUCUUAUUGUUUCAAGCCACUCUAUUAAAGCUCUUUUCCAACUGUCUAGUUUCUUAUUGUUUCAAGCCACUCUAUUAAA